AUGAGUUACGACCAGACUUCGACCAGGGGGCCACUGCGAUGGGCAGAGGUGCCGUGUGAGAGCACACAUGCGGGUUUAAAAAACCCGACGGGGGAAGGACACGAGCCACAAGUCAUGCCUGAGAGAACAAGUGUGUUUGUGUGAUCUUGUGCUUCAGAGAUGACAAGGGCAGCCGUGACUAAGCUUCUCCUGCUCGUGAUCCUCGCCUUCAUCAUAUGCCUCCCAGAAUUCUUCACGUCAUACAGAGUGUCAAAGGUGAAUCUCAUCUGCCUCCCCUACCGACCCUGCCGACAAGGGAACCAGGUGAAGAGGGAGCGAGAUGGGAGGACUGGAAAUGCUGCAGUUAAAGGACAGGAUAUGUGCGACCCUACCCAGGCCCCUUACAGAGAAAUGUGGGAGCAGGCCUGCGCACAGGAUAACCAAACAUCAGACGGACUUGGCAAAAACGUGAGCUUGUUCGUGUGUGAAACAGACAUGGACAUGGCGCAGAUGUACAGCAAUAUCUCAUCUUCAGCUCCCGAGUUUUAUCUGGAGGUGUCAGUCGAGAUCCAACUCAGCGACGCGGAGACCCUGAAUCUCACCUUGUAUGGCCACAGUAAUCACAGCUCCUUACGCCUACACCCACCUGAGGAGGAGGAGGUGGAGGUGGAGGAGGUGGAGGAGGUGGCGCCGUCGAGGGAGAAGGGUGAUGAUGAGGGACGGAGCGAGGCAUUCUUCUGCUGUCUCCCUCUCCUGCCGGCGUCUGAAUCGGCCAAUCAAAGCCGCUGUCUCCUUUGGCUCGCCAGUCAAACAGUUUUGACUGCAACAGCAAAGGGGAAGCUGCCAUGGAAACGGACGGAGAAAGACGAGUGGCGGUGUGUGUUCAGGGCGGUCUGGUUGGCUCUGCUGGGCCUGGUGCUGCUGACGACAGUCACGGUCGUGAUUGGACAAAUCUACUGGGGAAAACGGUUGAGCAGCAAGUGCAGACUGCGUCAGGCUGGUUACAACACCUCGGUUCAGCAGUUAAACGACCGUGAGAAGCAAACAGAGACGAUCACUCCCAACGGGAGAGAGAUCCACUCGCAUGGGUUUCGGUCGUGGACAGGAACCAUUCUCUCACCUAUUCCUGAAGUUGACAGUCAAAAUGACAUAGAAACUCUGCUGGAUGGAAAUGUCGACCACUGCUAUACAGCAAAUCUCCACCAUCGAGCCCAUUCCUCCACCUCCUCGGUCACAGAGGAGCAGCCGUAGGAUCACGUAAAUGAUCAGAAGCGACUGUAUCGACUUCACCGUGAAAAUAAAAAUGUCUGACACACCCCA